CGACCUUUGGUUUGGCCGAAAGUUGACCAGCCUCAAAGUGCCACUCAAUUGUCCAUGGGAUGAAAAUCCGUACAACAAUCCAACACUGCCAAUUAACGACAAGCCGCCAACGUAUCUACCACCCUUAUUACACGCCAUUGGCAAUUCUUGGCAGGCUUAUGCGUUGUGGCUCUUACACAAUGGAGCUUCCUUCGAGGAUCAAAUUGAAUCAGGCAUUGACGUCCUUGGGGGAGUCAUGGCUUCUCGAUCGCGAGACCAAAUUCGAUUUGUGUUCCAGGGCUGCAAUGCCACAGGAGGAGCGGCUCAGUUCCUACCGAGCCUAUAUGUCGAAGAUGGCGGCUAUCAUGUACUCUGUCUCUAUUUUCGAGCAACCCAUUUCGCACACCGUCUGAAAUGGAGUGGCCCUAAAUCUUCAGAGGGUGCUUCAAAGGAGUCGGAAGAGAGCGCUUAUGAGUAUCUUCUCGAGGUGUAUCCCGAAGCGGAGGGAAGAGUCACAUCUACACGCCUCGGUACAAUUACAAGAUAUAGCGAGAGCACGUUUGGCCUAACAGUCCAGCAGGACGUCAGUGUUGUGUCGAAGGUGAUCCUGACACUUCGAAGCUCAACAACAGAAUACCGCAACCAGAAGCUGAUAGAGUACUGUUACGGAUCUCCAGCAGACGUACUCAGCCCAGCCGACCUGACCGAAGUCAUGGCUAACUGUCCCGGCCUGACCUUGAGGCAUUUUGCGCCGAGCAUGAUGUGGAAUUCUACCUUGCAGCUGUGGGUGUUUCCUCCUGUUGCUAUCUUGGAACUGGGACUGCUGUAUUGGUUCAUCGGCUCUGACCUGAGCUAUUGGCACGGCGAAGACUGGUUGUGGUCAACCUUUCCAAAGAUUGUAAUGGUUGUUACAUUGGCCCUUACAGGUUUCGUGACAUAUGUCGUGGCAAUGUUUGGGCGGAUCCUUUCCAUCCCUACAAUCGACCACUUGUGGCCGUAUUUACGCCCACUGAGUUGGGCAUCCGCCCUUGUCUUUCUCAACUGGCUCACCCCUAUCCUUCUGUCAAUUGUCAUUUUGAUAUUGGCCGUGGGUUGGUCGAUUGCAGCGACGGUCGCGUCAUUUUGAUUAUAUAGAAAGGUGUUGGUGCGCAUUUGGGUUUCAAGGCUGUGUUAGUGAGUUGGGUAAAGAGUUAAAAGGACGUUAUGAGUAAUGUAGAAAGUAGCCCUCUAAGCCAAAUU